GUAAGCUCUAGCUGAGACGAGCGACUUACGUUGAUCUUUCGUCCCUUAACGCAGUGACAUCUUGGCUCUCCAUGCAACUCCAUGCAACUCCAUGCAAAAGGCCCCCUUUUGAGUAUUCCCAUCUCUUCGAUUGCCUCUUUUAACCAACUUCAAAGUUGAACCCCAAACAUCCUAACUCUGCUACUUAAACUUAUCGAAUUCUCGGCCAAAAGAGCCGCGAUACAUGCCCCUUGAGAGGCCUGAAAUGGUCGGUUCAACCAUCUGUGGUAUCUCGUAUGAAUCCGCACAACCUGUAAAUGCCCCCACAAGAUUCUGAGCAUUGGCGCAUUUCAUCUUAUUUAAGCUCUAAAGCCCCCUUUCUCCUCCCAUCUGCUUUACAACCCCUUUGGGCCACAUAAAAAGCAACCCAGUGGCACGCUGCGAAAAGACGGUCCUGUCGUAUGAAACUCAACAUCCGAAUGGCAUAAUCUGUUGUCAUUGACUACGCUGCAAAAUGGCCACGCAAACGACGCUUCCCGAAAUCACAAUGUCCACGUUUUCAUCCCCAGAGCCCGAGCAACGGGAAAGGGGGCGGAAGAGACGCCGAAGCCCACCACCAUUCCUCGUAAAUGCGGCACAAAUUCCUUCAGGCGGCUCUGCGACCUUUCGAGGCCGGUCCAGACAUCGGUCAACAUCGCGUGUGGACGCGUCGAGAAACACGUCUCGCCUACGAGGUGGAUCGCUUUCGCCCACGAGACGUAAGCUGUUGCGUGUCGUUCAAUUAAACCGCCACCGGAGCCAAUCUCCCUCUAGAUCACGUUCGGUAAAUGUCCACGAUCUUCCCAAACGAAGACGACACAGAACUAGAACCCGAAGCCGAGAUCACGAACCUGCCUCAAAGUCUUCCGAGCAAACAUUAUUCCCCAGGCACGAGAUCGUUAUUCGAGCUGAAGGCACGACCAUGAGUUUCAAGCCAGAGGGAUGACCGCUCCUUACAUCCGGAUUGAAUUAGAGAAUCGCAGACGGCGAGGCUCAAACAAUCAGAAUUAUCAGAUACGCAGAUAUGGCUCGUGGACGCCCAUUGGUCAGAGAAGAAAGCCAGCCGCGUCGCAACAGGGGACAGUUGUCGUGAACGAGCACCGAGAUAGACAUGAUGGUGUCUCUUGCGGGUUUAAAUAUUAGCCAGCAUCGCGGAUAUGCGUGCAUAUAUAUGCAUUUGUCGAGUCACUCUCAUUACCAAGCGCUAACUUUCCGCGAUAGCGCGUUUUCAGCUGCAGGUGGUGUAGGGAAAGCCUUGGACUGGAGUUUUCGCUAGGGCGGCUGUCGACUGUUGCUUAUGUACUCCUGACGUUGUAUUACGGAUGGCAGCUGACUGAUUUUGAGAUAUUAUCAAAGGCGUUCUGUCCACUCAUGUAAAGAACGGCCGCAACGCCCACUGGCAAUGGGAGUUUGCUUUUUAUUUUAUAUUUUAUUGGUUUUGUGAAAAGGCUUGGGCGGGGCAAGGGGGGGGAGGUGGUUUCUUGGGUGUGUCUUCGUACGCUUGGGCUUUGCUAGCAACUGAUUUUUGAUGGUCCAUUAAGUCAGUAUACGGAAAAUUGAGCGUGUUUAGCAAACGGUAGCUACUCGUAGAACUAGGACUAUCGAAGUCCACUUGAAACACCUGAGUGGAAAUGCGUGAUAACUUCAUGUUGAAUGCUGCAGAACCGGCCACCGUCAACUAUCCACAAUGAAGCAGUAAAGCCGGCCCCUGCGUAGUAGCACGUGGGCAAAAGUAACGACUAUUUCCGGACUUAAGGUGGUCCAAGGUGGUCAUGGG